AUGCAUGACUGUUCCUUCACCGACACCGGCACCAACGGCGGCGAUAGUGCACGGUACCGUGAUGCCCACCACGAGGCGGCCAAUGGCGCUGUCUCGUCCUUUGACGGUAGCAGCCAUACCAUCCACAACAACAACAACAACAACCGGAGCCUGGUCCGCACGGAGAACCUGCUGCGGCUGGCGCUAAAGAAGCCGCCCGCCUGGCAGUGGGAGCUGACCACGUCCAGCUCGUCGCCGAACAUCAGCUUCCCGAAGAUCCAGCUGUUUGACAGCACGAGCGGCGAGCUGAUGGUCGAGGUCAACCAGCCGGACUGCCUGAUACGGUCGGCGACGGCGACGACGACGACGGCGGAUGGUGAACACAGCGAGCCGACCGGCACACCGAGUCCACCGACCGGCCGAGGCCUCCGUCGCUCCCUGACGUGGCUCGCGAAGGAGCGCGUGCCCACCUCGGGUGACUCGCUGACCGACAUCUUCCGGCAGCUCCACAGUAAGGGCCUCGGACACAAGCUGUCCACCAGUGGCUCGCAGUACAGGCUGUCGGAGAACGGGGAAGGGGAGCCGGAAAUGAAGCCAGCAACCCCACCGGACCGCCAGCCUGCCAAACUGAGGCGCCGUUCUCGGCGAUCCCUAGCGAGUCGCUCCAACUCGAUCCUGGGGCGCACCAGCGGGCGCAAGUCUACCGACGAAGACGACGAAGACAUUGACCGGCCAGCAGGUGGCAGUGGCGUCACGAUCGAGGAGGUAGUGGAUGAGGCGCCGACACCGCCGCCACCACGACCCAAAAUCUAUAAGCUCGUCCGGAGCAACGCCGGCACGCUGAUGGUGCGCGAGGAGAGUUUCCACACGCAGCGCAGCCUCCGACGAAGGCAGCCCAUCCAUCCAGCCACCACGGAGCUGGCCUCCGAGCCAGACCGACCGGCGGACGUGGACCGACCGAUCGACGAGCUUCUGUCCCGUGUCAUGCUGUCCCACGAGCUGCGGACCACCGAGGAGACUCCUGACAUUGGCAGGAUGCAGCAGCCGCACCAGCCGCCGCAGGACGAGCAGCAGCAGCAGCAGCAGCAAAAGCCCGGUACCAGUCAACAGGAGCCGCAGGAGCAGCAGCAACCGGCGGGUCGCAGCCAGCCGAGGCAGUUCCUGCACCGGCGCACGCUCAGCACCUUGGACGGGCGGGAGCCCGCCUUCGUGCGUGUAGUCAGGCGCCACCUCGCUGCCUCCGGUUCCGGUGCCGGGAAGCCACCGCCCGGGCCGCUCGUCGAGGAUCCGCUGCCGCCGGGCGAACCACUUCCGACGUACGCCGAUGCGAUCCGGGGCGGUCCACCGAAUACGCCGACGGAGUCGGCUGCGGACGGCACGGCAACGGCAGCGGCGGAGCUUUCACCCGAUACCCGGCGCCGCUGGCGUUACUACGCUCGCAAGCACCACAGCCGCUCGUCCUUUGAUGCAGCACCGCAGUAG